UAUCAUUUUAUUUUCUUAUCAAAGAAACUUAACUAUACCAAUGCAAGGAAUUAGCUAUUCAAGCUCUAAACAAUGUGUAAUUGCUCUAGUCGUGGCCGCAAGUCUAGUAGCCGCGACUUUGGCAGACAACUUCUAUAAUGACGUGGACAUCACUUUUGGCAACCAAAAUGUUAAGAUACUCAACGGUGGUCAAGACCUCACGCUUUCACUUGAUCAAUAUACAGGGUCCGGUUUCCGGACCAAGCAUCAAUACCUCUUUGGAAGGUUUGAUAUGCAACUUAAGCUAAUCCCCGGUGAUUCUGUUGACACGGUCACUACCUUUUAUUUACAAGCACAAGGCGAUCAACAUGAUGAGAUUGACUUUGAGUUCUUGGGUAGCUCAUUAAACAAGCCUUAUAUGCUAAGCACAAAUAUAUUUACACAAGGAAAAGGGGAUAGAGAGCAACAAUUUCACCUUUGGUUCGACCCUACUGCGGCCUUCCAUACUUACACUAUUAUAUGGAACUCUCAUCGAAUCAUAUUAUUCGUAGACAAUAUUCCCAUAAGGGUGUUCCACAACUAUGAAGCUUAUGGAAUCCAAUAUCCUAAGAACCAACCGAUGUGGGUGUAUGCAAGCCUAUGGAACAAUAGUGAUUGGGCAAGCCAAGGUAGUCGUGAGACAAUUGAUUGGUCAAAAGCACCUUUCACAGCUUCUUACAGGAACUUGAUUGUAAACGGCAACAUUGCAGUUGCUAAUAAUCCUAGGUUCACAAACUCAGCAAAUGACAACAACCAGACAUGGAUUAAUCUAGGACUUGAUGCUGCAGGGAGAAAAUUGCUUCGAUGGGUGCAAAAAGAAUACUUAGUCUAUAACUACUGUGACGACUACAAACGCUUUCCCAAUGGUCUUCCAAAAGAGUGCAAGAAAUCCAGAUUUCUCUAAGCUAGCUAAUUACUAGUAAAUACUUGGAAUCAUUUUGCCA